GGGGUUGCUCCGGAUCCGCUGGUUCCGUAACAACAUCCCGUUGGCUUCCCUCAGGCGGCGGGACCGGUGCAGCCGCCGCCUCCCAGGAGUGCCCGCCCGCCCGGGCCCGCGCCCUCCCCGGCCCAGGCCGCCAUGGCCACCAACCCGCAGCCGCAGCCGCCGCCUCCCGCGCCGCCGCCUCCUCCGCCGCAGCCGCAGCCGCCGCCGCCGCCUCCCGGCCCCGGGGCUGGCCCGGGCGCGGGCGGGGCGGGCGGCGCGGGAGCCGGCGCCGGGGACCCGCAACUCGUGGCCAUGAUCGUGAACCACCUCAAGAGCCAGGGGCUCUUCGACCAGUUCCGCAGGGACUGCCUGGCCGACGUGGACACCAAGCCUGCCUAUCAGAAUCUGAGACAACGCGUUGACAACUUUGUUGCGAACCAUUUAGCAACUCAUACAUGGAGUCCCCACCUCAAUAAGAACCAGCUAAGAAACAAUAUUAGACAGCAAGUGCUCAAAUCAGGAAUGUUGGAGUCUGGCAUUGACCGAAUUAUUUCUCAGGUUGUGGAUCCAAAGAUCAACCACACAUUCAGACCUCAGGUGGAAAAAGCUGUGCAUGAGUUUUUGGCCACACUGAAUCACAGAGAGGAAGCGAGUGGCAGCACAGCUCCCGACGAGGAGAAACCAGACUCUUCCGUCAUCACACCAGGUGUCCCUGCCCCUGGACCCAGUGCAAACGUGGCCAGUGAUGCCAUGUCAAUCUUGGAAACCAUCACAUCUCUUAACCAAGAAGCUAGUGCUGCCAGGUCCUCAACAGAAACGUCAAACGCCAAGUCCAGUGAGAGAAUAUCCAAAAAACUACCCUCUCAGCCAAGCACUGACACUGUUGCCGAGAAGGAGAGAACUUCAGAGGAGACAACUGACAAAGAGAAAUCUACACCUGACCCUGCAGGGGAAGGACAGGAAACAGCCCCCAAGUCUGAAGAAUUUAGUGAUCUCCCUUGUCCAGUUGAAGAAGUUAAAAGUCACACAAAAGAGAGUAAUAGUUCAGUUCUGCCAAACAAGGAUGUUCAACAGGAAAGCAGUGACCAAAAAAAUAAAUCAACAGAUAAAGGUGAAAAGAAACCAGACAGCAAUGAAAAAGGAGAAAGAAAGAAAGAAAAGAAGGAAAAGACUGAAAAGAAACUCGAUCACUCAAAAAGGAGUGAAGAUGUACAAAAAGUAAAAGAUGAAAAACAAGCAAAGGAAAAAGAGGGAGAAUGUUCAAAACUUCUGUCAGAAAAGAACAAUAAUAAAGCUAAAACUGGUGAAGGGACAAAAGAAGAUUUCUCUUUGAUAGAUUCUGAUGUGGAUGGACUUACAGACAUCACAGUUAGCUCUGUCCAUACCAGUGACCUUUCAUCUUUUGAAGAAGACACUGAGGAGGAAGUUGUAAUGUCUGAUAGCAUGGAAGAAGGGGAGAUUACAUCAGACGAUGAAGAAAAGAACAAGCAGAACAAAACAAAAGCUCAAGCCAGUGAUCCCAGUGAAGGGAAAGCAAAAAGUGUACGGCAUGCUUACGUUCACAAACCGUAUCUUUACUCAAGGUACUACAGUGACUCUGAUGAUGAACUCACUGUAGAACAGCGGCGGCAGUCCAUCGCUAAAGAAAAAGAAGAGAGGCUUUUAAGAAGGCAAAUUAAUAGAGAGAAACUUGAAGAAAAACGAAAACAGAAAGCAGAAAAGACGAAGUCUUCGAAAGCUAAGAGUCAAGGCAAAAGUAGUGUGGACUUAGAAGAAUCAUCAGCAAAGAGUUUGGAACCCAAGGCCCCUCGAAUUAAAGAAGUUCUUAAGGAACGGAAAGUUUUAGAGAAAAAGGUAGCCUUAAGCAAAAAAAGAAAAAAGGAUUCCAGGAACAUUGACGAGAAUUCUAAAAAGAAACAGCAAUCUGAAGAAGAUGCCAAAGAAACCCUCAAAACAAGUGAGCAUUGUGAAAAGGAAAAAGUGUCUUCUUCAAAGGAUUCAAAGCAUAUUCAUGCAAAAAGUGAACCAAGUAAACCUGCCCGGAGACUUUCAGAGUCUUUGCAUUCAGCUGAUGAAAAUAAAAAUGAAUCCAAAAUAGAAAGGGAACAUAAAAGACGGACAUCGACCCCUGUUGUGGUGGAAGGGGCACAGGAAGAGACUGACACAAGAGAUGGAAAAAGGCCAGCAGAACGCUCAGAAACUGGCACAGAAGAGCCCCAGAAACAGAAAAGCACACUUAAGAAUGAAAAGCAUCCAAAGAAAGAUGAUUCUGAAACACCCCACUUGAAAAGCCUACCUAAAAAAGAGGCAAAGUCCUCCAAAGACAAGCCUGAAAAAGAGAAAACUCUGUCAGAAGACAAACCGUCAAUGAAACAUAAAUAUAAAGGUGACCCCACACAUAAAACAGGUGAUGAGACUGAGCUUCACUCUUGUGAGAAAGGCUUAAAAGUCGAUGAAAAUAUUCAGAAGCCAAAUCAACAGACAAAGCUUUCUUCAGAUGAUAAAGCUGAACGAAAAAGUAAACACAGGAAUGAAAGGAAAUUAUCAAUUUUGGGCAAAGAUGGCAAACCAGUCUCUGAAUAUAUUAUAAAAACCGAUGAGAACAUUCGUAAAGAAAACAGCAAAAAAGAGAGAUACUUGUCAGCCGAGAAAACUAAGUCAGAGCACAAAUCAAGAAGAUCAAGUGAUUCUAAAAUUCAGAAAGAUUCUCUGGGGUCCAAGCAACAUGGAAUCACAUUACAGAGAAGAAGUGAAAGUUAUUCAGAGGAUAAGUGUGACACAGAAUCGACGAGUAUGGACAGUAAUUCAAAGCCAGAAGAGGUUGUUCACAAGGAGAGGCGAAGAACCAAGAGCUUGUUAGAAGAGAAACUUGUAUUAAAGUCUAAAUCCAAAAGCCAGGGUAAACCGUUAAAAGUGGUUGAAACAGAAUUGCAGGAAAAUGUCACAAAACAGGCAACCACUCCAAAAGCAGAUAAGGAGAAGAACACAGAAGAAGGUGACCCAGAGAGGCAGCGGAAGUCCAAAGCUGAAGACAGACCCGCUGAGGAAGGUGGCGCUGAGCCUGCGUCAGAGAGCCCUGCUUCUUCAGCACAUGGUGCCCAGAAAGAGUCUAGUCACCGAGCUAAGGUACCGCCAGCAAAGGAGAAAUACAAGGGUGAGAAAGAUUCAAGUGCCACCAGACUUGAGAGGAGGUUAUCAGAUGGUCACAAAAGCAGAAGCUUGAAGCACAGUAGUAAGGAUGUGAAAAAGAAGGAAGAAAAUAAAUCAGAAAGUAAAUCAGAAGACAGGGAUGGGAAAGAAGUUGACAGUAAUCAUGAAAAGGCCAGAGGAAAUAGUUCAGUCAUGGAGAAAAAAUUAAGUAGAAGGUUGUGUGAAAAUCGAAGAGGGAGCUUAUCCCAAGAAAUGACCAAAGGAGAGGAAAAGCCAGCAGCAAACCCUCUGGGCACUCCCAGCAGUUCCUUCCUUCAGAAACCCAAAAAAUGCAGUGAUCCCACCUUGAUGCCUGAACAGGAGCCAAUGGAAGUUGAUCCAGAGCCAGCCAUGGAAAAUGCACUGGAGAUAUCUAAAACCCAAGACAGCAGCAGCAACAGUCCUCAGCAAGACAUCGACUCGGAAAAUGUUACGAAACAGAAGGCUGCCAUGACAGUUAUAAAGGAUGAGUUAAGAACUUCUAUGGUAGAUUCAAAAACAGCAGCCCUGGCCUGUAAAUCAGGACGUGGAACAGGAGCCAUUGGUAAUUCUGAAAAGCACGCUGACCACAAAAGCAUCCUGACCAAGAAAGUGCAUCUCCAAAGCACUGUGUCCAAACCGAACCCAGGGGAGAAAGAAUACACUCAGCAAGGAGCUCGUGAGAUGAACGUAGACUCAGAAACUAGUCAUCGACUGUUACCCCAGGCCCCAGAAAGUUGCAGGGCACAAAAGAAUCUGAAAAACACCACCAGACCCAGUGAGCAGUGUGUUGUUCAAGGAGACACAGCUCCUGAACGUCCCACAGAUUUAGACCCUUCCCCAUCCUUAAGCCCCAUGACAUUUGCACCUCAGAAGCAGUCCCAUGAUCCAAGUGUAAUUCCUGUGGUUGAGAAGAGAACUGCUGGGGAAGGAGGCCCAGCCAGCACCUCACUUGUGGGCCGCUCUGAGACCCCUAACCCAAGUCUGGCUGCUGGAGAGUCACAGGUCCCCAGGGCAUGUGACAGCAAACCGGGUGAUGCCAUUUCCACAGUAGAUACGGCAGCCAAAGCCAGCGCAGGGAGCAGAAGACACAUCCCAGAAGGUCCCCAGGCCACCAUGCCACACAGCAAACAAGGGAAAGUGAAUGUGCCUCUUGGUAGUGAGUCAGCAGACAUGACUGUGGAAAAUGAGAACGUUCACAAAGAAGGAGGCUCAAUGGACACGGCCAGGAAAGAGGGUGACACGACCACAGGGCCCAGUUCAAAGCAGACAGUUAGAGCUCCCAUAGAAAAUGGCAGAAAAGACGGCAUUGCUGUCGCUCAUACGGUAGGCGUGAGCACAGGAAAAGAUGCGGAAACUUCUGGGCUUGAGCAUAGCAGAGGCCCAGGUGAAAUAGAAAACACGUCAGCUGAUAUUGAAAGAAGGAGCGAAAACAGUGAGGUGGACACCAGUGCUGGGAGGAACGCUGUGUCCUCUGUUCUCCACCGAGGGAGUGGGAAUGCUAACGAUGCAACAACGGGGUCUGCUAGAGCAGAACAGGCUUCUGCUGCCCCCAGUGCUGGAGGGGAGGACAGGGGUGUUCCCUUAAGCCCCGUAAAGGCAGGUGAUGCCACCACCACGUCUUCAGAAAUGGGGGAGGGCGAGGCGGCCGUGCCCUGCACAAGCAUCGAGGCGGACGAAGGCUUCACGACCGGUAUGCGCUCUGGGGACAACCCUCUUCACGUCGGGGCGGAAGCCAGCGAAGGCACUGUCUUUGCCGCAGCUGAAGAAGGUGGCGCCGUGGUCACGGAAGGAUUUGCUGAAAGUGAAACUUUCCUUACCAGCACCAAGGAAGGAGAAAGUGGGGAGUGCGCCGUGGUGGGGCCUGAAGAGAGAGCAGCAGAGCCGGUGACGACUCCCGCCGGCACGACUGAAGACGAUGUCAACAGCGGGGCGACGGAAGAGAAGGACGACGCUGUGACCAGUGCAGGCUUGGAAGGGAAGUGUGAUGGCUCUUCAAGCAGAGACUCAGAACUGGCGGAAGGGACCGUCGCUUUUAUUAGUGAGGGGGAAAGUGACGGGGCGGUGACGAGUGCUGGGACAGAAAUCAGAGAGGGGUCCCUGGGCAGCGGAGAGGGAGAUGGAUUCCGGAGAAAUACGACGAGAAUGGGCCCCAAGAAAGAAACUGAGGGGGUUGUGACAUGUACGGGGGCAGAGAGGACAAGUGACAGCUUUGUCCUGUGCUCGGUAACUGAUGUGGGGCCACAGGAAGAGCGCGGGGUCACCGGUGCCCCUGUAGUCCCCUUGGGCAAUGACGCACCAGCAGGAGCCAGUGCCGCCCAGGAGGGAGGCGGUUCUGUGAACGACGGGCUGGAAGGUGAAAGCGCUGUCACCAGCACCGGGAUCACGGAAGAGGAUGGAGAGGGGCCGGCAAGCUGCACAGGUUCGGAAGAGAGCAGCGAAGGCUUUGCUCUAAGUUCCGAAUCAGAAGAAGGCGGAGAAAGUGCCAUGGACAGCACGGUAGCUAAAGACGUCGCUGACGCCCCGGUAGUCGCUGCCGGCCCGUGCGACGACGAAAGCGUUGUGACCAGCACCGGCGCGAAGGAGGAGGACGAGGAAGGGGAGGGCGUGGUGACCAGCACCGGCAGAGGAAAUGAAGUCGGGCACGCGUCGAUGUGCGCGGGGAUGGAAGAGGAAGGCGACGGGGCAGCAGUGUGCGAGAGUGCAGAGGAGGGGGACAGUCGGGUUGGUACCGUGGCGGGGCGUGUGGAAGCUGAGGCCGGAGCAGCCGUCCCAAACGCAACCGAAAGUAACAUUGACAGCGUGAGCGGUGCUGGGAAGGGAAGCAAAGAUCCAGAGAUCUGCUCCAGUGCAAAAGGCGUCGUGGAAAGCAGCGUGACCAGUGCAGCCGCAGGCCAGGGCGAAGCGGCACUAGUUCGUGAAGGUUGUGAGGUUCCCAUGACCAGUGCAGCUUCAGGUCAAAGUGGCGGGCAGCUCACCAGAAAAGAAAAGGUUGACGAGACCACUAUUUCCACUGGCCUGGCCGGGGGCAGUUAUGAGGGACUCGUAUCCGGGGCCGUCCCAGAGUACGAAGCUCAUCACACAUCGCCGAGGGAGAAAGAAGAUGAGGGUGUCAUCACCUCUGUGGACAAUGAAGACUGCGACGGCCUCAUGGCCACCACGGCCAGCGACAGCCUUGCCAACCAGACCUGUUCAGCAAGGGGCGAAAGCGAAGGCAAAGGCUUGGCGAUUUCCACCAGUACCACGCAUGGUUACACCGCGCAGUUAAGCCCGGCUGUAGACGUGGAGGAAGGUCACGCGCGUGUUCUGAGGACCGAACAAAUCGCCGACGGCACCAGAGUGAACGUGGAGGGAUUCGAGGCCCCCAUGCCCAGCGCUGUUGCAGGAGAUGAGAGCCAGCCCGCUGCUCCUAGAGGCGAGGAGAAAGACGAGUGCGCCAUGAUUUCCACAAGCAUAGGGGAGGAGCUCGAAGUGCCCAUUUCCAGCGCGACAACCAUCCAGCGCUCCGAAAGCCAGCCGCCCGCCCCAGCGGUUGAAGAAAGAGCGAGAGGGCCGAGCCUGGUGCGCGCCGAUGACUUCGAGGUGCCCAUGCCCAGUGCACCCACAGAAGUCGAAAGUCCCCUGGCUUCAACCAGCAAGGAGGAGAAGGACGAAUGCGCCCUCAUUUCCACCAGCAUCGCAGAAGAGUGUGAGGCGUCCGGCUCCGGGGCGGCCGUGCCGGGCCUGGAAGAGAAGGACGGGAGCGCUGUCAUCUCCACGAGCUCCGUGGAGGACUGCGACGGCCCAGUGUCCAGUGCCGUCCCUCGGGAGGAGGUCUGUCCCUCGGUCACGCCGGCGGAGGAGAUGAGUGACGCCGCCAUGAUUUCCACCAGCACCUCUGAAGGACGGGAAGCGGUCAUGAUGGGCGCCGCCCCCCGGGACGAUCAGACGGCUCUCGCGGGGGUGGAGGACCCGGGCGAUGCUGCCCUCAUCUCCACCAGCACAGCUGAAUGUGUGCUGGCCGCCACGGGUCCAGACAGGCACGAAGAGGCUCAGCCGACUGCAGGCCCCCCAGAAGGCAGAGAGGACCUGUCAGCCGCAAAGGUGCGCAAGUGUGAGGUCCCUAGGCCCAGCCUCAUGCCUGAGCACCACUGUCAGUGUCCCGGGCCAUCCACAGGAGGAAAAGAAGCGGGCCCCGUGGUGGCAGUGGGCACCUGGGAAGAGCACGACAGGGUGUCAGUCAGCAUGUGCUUUGCCGGUGCUGUGUGUGCACCAGAGAAAGAGAGGCCUGGCACCAAAGAAAGGGAAGCCUGCUGUCCGGGCAAAGCUCAGAGAGAACAUGAAAGCCCCGAGGCAGGGACCUCAGGGGACAGUACUCCGGCAAGCUGUUCAGCAGGGAGGGGCUUGGAGAGGAGUGCAGACCUGCCUGUCGACCUGCGAGGACCAGAGCAGGCCGCCGAGGACUCCCCCAUCAGUGUUCGCCGAGCAGUAAAUACCGGUGCUGGAAAAGCUGAUGACACAUCCUCUCUUCCUCCUGACCAGUGGGGCCCUGAGGGCAACUUGACAACCCCCACCACCGAAUGUAUUAAUGGCCAAGAAUCCGAAAUUGCUCCUUCCCACACGGCAGUCCUUACAGCUACCUAUGACGAAGCUCUCUUGGCUCCUAAGUGCGAACAGGACUUGACUUUCAAGAGUGAUCCCAGUGGCGAAGGGACCGUUCCGGCAUACCCUGAGCACACGGGAGAUGGUAACAGCAUGAAGAAGUCCUUCCAGGAAGAAGGAGGCCUUGAAGUCAGUGUUUCAUCUGAAGAAAAUUUGCAUGACAUAGGCAGUGAAGAGUCUCCAUCGAGUGACUUGAGAGGACAGGGACCGAAAGCCAACUUGGAAACUGAGAUAUUUGCACCAUCAGAGGAAGAGAAAAAUCAUGAAAUUCCAGCACCACCAGAAAGUCCAAGUGGGAGAAAUCUGAGUGGAAUAGCUGAAGUUCAGAGGGCGCCUUCGUUGGCGAUUGAAUCACUAAACGUCGAAAAUUCAGGCUCAAGAACAAAUGAAAUUCAUAGCAUAUCUCGUAACAAGGAAGAGAUAUCCAGUGAUGGAAGAGACAACACGGAAGCCACAAGAGGUCAUAGUGUUGGAGAAAAUCCUACUGAAGAGGUUGAAGAGGAAGAAACGGAUAUGCCUAAAAGAAAAAGGAAGAAGCAGUACCUCUCUUCAGAAGAUGAGCUAGAUGAUAAUCCAGAUGUCCUGGAUUCCAAAAUAGAAACGGCAGAGAGGCAAUGUUCUGAAACUGAGCCACAAGAUGCAAAGGAAGAGAAUUCUGAAGAUUUGGAAGAGUUAUCGAAAACAAGUUCUAAGGCAAACAGCUCUGCUUCAAGGGCCAUGGAAGAAAAAGAUGAAUAUAGCAGUGGUGAAGCUGCUGGUGAAAAGACAGAGCAGAAUGAUGAUGACAGCAUAAAAUCUCAGGAGGAAGAUCAACCAGUAAUUAUUAAAAGGAAAAGAGGAAGACCUCGUAAAUACCCUGUAGAAAUAGCAUUAAAAACAAAAGAUGACUACAAAACAGAUACUGGCAUCGUCACUGUAGAACAGUCUCCACCUGGCAGCAAACUGAAAGCAAUGCAGACGGAUGAGUCCAAUAAAGAAACACUUAACCUACAAGAACGAAGUGGAAGCAAUGAUGAUGAUGAAAAAACUGUGGCGAGUGUGCGGCGGAGAGGAAGAAAGCCCAAACGUUCGCUCACUCUGUCAGAUGAUGCUGAAUCCUCCGAGCCGGAAAGAAAACGCCAGAAAUCAGUUUCUGAAGCGGCUGAGGACAAGAAAGACCAGGAUUCUGAUGAGGAAGAGGAAGAGGAGGAAGAGGAUGAGCCCUCUGGAGCCACCACGAGGUCCAGCGCCAGAUCAGAGGCUCAGAGAUCAAAGGCACAGCUCUCCCCUUCUGCCAAGCGCAAGAGAGAGGCCAGCCCUCCCGUUGCGCGCACCAGGGGCCAGCAGCGCGUGGAGGAGGCCCCCGGGAAGAAGGCCAAGCGGUAAUCCUGCCUGCAGCGCCCCUGCUGGUCGACUCGGGGACACAGUGGAGAGAGGGGGCAGGCCUCGGGGCCACAGGCUGCUGCCUUCAACCAGGGGAAGGACGUGCAUGUGCUCCAGGUUCCUAGGUGCAAGCUUUUUCUUGUUAUGUUCUAAACAGCUUUAUAAACUAUUGUUCAUAGAAGGUAUUAUGUACAUUUAUUUCAGAUAAAAGAAAAUAAGUUUACUUUGUAUCUGAACUCUAAACAAAGUAGUUGUAUAUUUUAACAUUCGAGAUUGGGAUUUCCCGAUGUGACACGUCACUAACGCAAACCCUUCCAGCCCACCAGACACCAGGCUGUCUCCCGGUAACCCAUGUACAGUAUAUAAACAUGUAUAAAUAGGUUGUAUUUUACUCUGUGUAUGAUGCUAAUCAAUGAACACUUUAUUUAUUUUACAGAGAAAACUUAUCUGUGGACUUUACUAUAUAUCUGUUUAUUUUAUUUUAUUAUUUUUUUUAAUUAAAAUAAAAAGGGUUUUAAAUGCUAUGCAGUCAUCAGUAGAGAUGUUUUAGGACGCCGCCUGCCCUGUAACUAUCUGAAUCCGACCUGGCAGGAAAUAGGCUCUUCUCGCAUGUAUCCAAGUAAAGUAGUUUAGCUCAAGAAAGGACCUCCAUUGCUUUUCUGCUCACAGUUGUGACUCUGUUUUUUAAGAAUGUCACUUGUUUUUAGAUUAUACUCGCAUCUGUGACUUCACUACCAGCCCCACCGGCACAGGAGGUUCUGGGUCAAGUGAAGUUACAUCCGUCACCGCAGCAGAAACGCCUCUGUGGGUGUUCGUUCCUCUCCUCUGUACUGUUCCGAGGCUUCCACCCAUAUGUUCCAUAGUGUCUUUUCAAUGAUGAGAAAUGCAUUGAAGAUUAGGUCACUCCUGUCGAUCGAGCUUCAGGAUUUUAUGUUGUUUUAUACACAAUGAUUUCAAGAUAGAAACUGGCUUUAUUGCCAGGUUCUUUUUAAAACAUGUUUUAACUCCCAUAUGAACAAACUGUCCAACUUAAGUUUUUCAUAAGAUUAAACUUUUCUUAAGAUCAAAUUUGUCUCUAGCAAUGAUGUGAUGAGUUGCCAAAUAAUUGAGAUUAUUUUAAAAUGUUUUGUUCAUAUUCUUGUUUUAUAAUUAAAAUUUACAUUCAGUGUGUGUGAAAUUUUUUUUUUGGACUCUUAAUGUAAGGUGGAUAUUUCUGUCAUUUUACAUUGUUUCUUACUGAGAUUUUAUAUAUA